AUGAGACAGUUGUUGAUGGGGCUUUCUUUCUGUCCUAGAAACUGGAUUACAUCUUGUGCUAGAAAACCACCCAAAAUAGAAGCCACUGGUGCAAAUUCAGUGAAUGCUUGUGCAGAGAAAAGGUCUAAAUAUUCUUCACUAACAAUCGUCGGAAGAAUAUCAAGUGACUCGCAUUUUUCCAACAGUAGCUUGCGAAGAAGUUCCUUGUCCAAAUUUUGUUCAGGAUCAGAAGGCUUCUCUACCUCGAAAAGAGAGAGAAUCAAUGGUAAUGCUGGCGAUAAUCUCUUAAGUUGUCUUUUGUUCAACUGUCUCGUCAAUUUGGAGGAUGUAAAUAAUCCUGAUAGAGGGAAGAACUCGUCUUCAAUGGUUACUAGCUCCACAUUCUCCAGUUGCUUAUAUUCAACUUUUGUGAUUGUCUUAACAUCAUUAAUUUUCAGGUUUACUUCACGAGGCUGA